AAAAGAUAAAAAAAAAAAAAAAACAGCUCCUGACAACAUCUCGCUUCCGACAUUCCCGAAGUAGCAUCCGACGACCCAGGUUGUUACCACUACAAACAGUACUUUGUUCCAUCCCUUUUGCUCCGACAACGGCGUCAACAUCACAUCACACGCCUGCGACUUGCAUCUCGUAAAAUUACGCCUCACAUCACUUACGCCAGCGCUGGACGGUACCGACUUUCUAUUAUUAUUAUUAUUAUUUUACCUUUAAGCUUCGACUACCUUACAUUAAACCCGAUUAUCUUUUUUUCCCUCCCCAUCACCGCUCUUAUCAGACUUUUGCCAUGAUGGGUUCUGGUAGGCUAGUCGCGAUGCGCUAAGCAUACAACAGAAGCCAAUAAGCAAACAGUUUGAGCCGGUUGUAUGCAUCAUCAUCAUUUGAUGUUCCCCGCCCAGGACGAACAUUGACUGAGAUUUCGGGGAAAAUCCAACAAACGAUUUAAACGACCUUCUCUCAGCGAUCGGAUCCCGGUCUCUCGCUAUAGCAACUGGCGAUUCAGUCCAGUCCGGGCCGUCUAUUAACUUGAGCCCGUACAAUUUACGGAGGCUCAAUCGGCCAAGCUAUAGCUCUCGAGACGGCAUCCCAGGCCACUACUAGCAGGCUUAUAUGCAGUGCAUGAAGCGUCGUUGACUAGCUGUGGCAUUAAUAACUUUCGACGAGAAAAUCUUUCUAUUCCUGGGUGACUAACCAAAUCCACCGCGGUCGAGUGAGUGAUAAACACUGGGUUAAUCCCGCUUGAUGGGCAAGACACCUACAACGGCGAACCUUGAACAUUUACCGAGAUACGACUCUUUCUCACUUUAUUUUGCAUUCGUUCAUUUUUAUUUCUUUUAUUGGGUUGUUACUCGACACGAGAAAACGAACCAGCUGUCGUUUUUACUACUACUCUGCUCUUUGGCAGUAUAAAACUUUGCAACUCCGUCUACAGUCUUUUAUCCCCAGGGCUUUUGAAUCUCUUCUGUCCAUCAACCAGCCGGCUUCAAGCAUAACACUUCACCAAGACUGCAUAGUGAGUGACUGCGUCAGCGUCACGCAACACACCAUAAUAUUCGGGGAAACAUCACAUUGCACCAAAAGGUACCGCAUCUAAUAAUUCAUCAUGACGUCGAUACUUUGCCUGGUGCAUUACUGCGACGUUCAUGGGCCGACGCCCUUGAUGGUCACCGAAGGGAUACCCGUACCCUGCUCCACUUGCUACGAGGAUGAUCCUUCCGACUUUUCUUUCUCUACUGAGCGGUUACAGUCGGGGGGCCAAACAUCAGCACAGCUUUCAGCACAGACGGCAAACGCUAUCUCGGAAGCCCUGGGCCAGAUGAAUCUCGGCGGCGGCAGGAGUGCGUCGCUUCCCGCUUCUGACCGAGAAAACCCAACACCGCGGGCCUCGUUACUGCGAAGCACAUCGCAUACUGCCACGCCUUUGGCAUCAGCUGUGGAAACCCCUCCAGUGAGCCCACAGCCGAUCUCGGGGAAGGACUCAGGUUUCCGGAAAACUUAUGACACUCGGCGUGCCAACCCCUGCGAAAACUGUGCCAUGACUCUACCACGCCGGCAAGAAGGUACUUCGGACGAUGCAGGAAUAGAUGCAGGAGGCCCAGUCCUGCGUACGCGAGCGCCUUAUGCUAGGGUUUUUGACUCGGGUGUAACCUCUGCACGAAGCUCGCAGACCACCUCUUCCUCCUCAUCAGACACCGAGGAGGCUGGGAAUAAGGGACCGCAAACUUCUCAAGCGGGAAACUACAGGCACCGGCGGACAGGCACGAUUACGUCGACUACCUCACGAUCAAGCGCCAGCAGCUCAGCUACGCGAAGGAGUCAUACACAUUAUGUCCACUACACCUCGACCCACGAACCAGGAGAACGCUCCUUCAAGAUAGUUCGCAACUCGUGCUUGCGUACUUUGUCUUUCGAAAUGCUACCCCGUGCCCCGGCCACCUCCCCGCCGGCCGGAGGUUAUCAAGGCGUGUCCCCUAAUCUCGGGACAAACGUACCGUCAAACGCCCCCGCUUCUUUUGUGACCACGCACAGCACUGGCGCAGCUGCGUCGGGUGGCCCUAUGUUCUUUGGAGACCCGGCCGCUGGCUACACGACAGCCUAUAUCUUCCGUAUACCCGACGUACAUGCCCGUGGCCACAAGCGAGUUUAUGCCUUCUUGGCACUAUCGACGCACCGUGAGCGACAGGCAAUGAAGCCCUUUGGCUUUAUCGCUGCUGCCUUUAGAGACCUUGCCGCUUGGAUCCAGGGCCUUGCGGAAGCCGAAGCCGAGCGAGCUGCCGAAAGCGUAGUUGCGAGUCCAGUCGUCUCGAACGGACAGUACCCCGGGAUGUCGGCCUUUGAUCAGCGCCCCGCUGUUGUUCCAGGAACCAGCAGCUUUCUUGCUGCGGCCGGCAAUGGAAUCUCUAGAAGGAUGGGCUCAGGAUUCGGAGGUAGCAUCAGCGCUCCCCGGGCCAGGGGUCUACCAGAGCUUGUUGGCCUUCCCGAUUUCUUUAUCGAACUUCACACUCGCUUCGUACGGCUUCUUCUCGAACUGGGCGUCGUGAUCAACUCAUGA